AUGACAAUUGACAAUUGGGCAACAAGGUAAUAUUAAUUAGAUAAAAGUAGUAAUUUGGCAGAGAUAUGUGUUGGGUUUUAUAGAAAAUCUUUGAUAAUUCACUUCUUAAUUAUUUGGAAAUGGAAUAUAGAUUUAGGGUGA